AUGGCCAUCGUCAACGUCAACACUGUCCUUGAUCCUCCAAUGAAGGUGGCUGAAAAAGUAAAAGAUACUCUGAGAGCGAUGGCCCCUCACCCCUCAGAUGAAAUCAGAAGGAAGCAUCGUUGGUAUCAAUGCACCGUCCGAAACACCACUCAAUUCGAGAUGCGUUUCGAGGAGAGCUAUUUCAAUGCUGGAGAAUACCUUACGGCGCCUAGCCCAGUGGUCCGUAUGGACAAAUGA